UUAAGUAUUAGCAGCAUUUUUUGUGAGAAGUGAGAGGUGUAGAGAGAGAAAGAGAAUGUCGUCGACGGUGCUGGAAGUGACGCGGGCGGCACACGAGGAGGUUGAACGGUUGGAGCGGCUGAUAGUGAAGGAGCUCCAGAAUGAGCCCGGUACCAACAAGGAGCGUUUGUAUCAGAGUCACCGUGUGCGGAACAUGAUCGAUACCAUUACCUCCACCACUGAAAAGCUUAUUGGAAUAUAUGAAGAUAACGACAAUGCGAGGAAGGACGAGAUUGCUGCACUCGGAGGCCAAACCGCCUCUGGAAUUAACGUUUUCAGCGCCUUUUAUGAUAGACUCAAGGAGAUACGAGAGUAUCAUAGGAAGCACCCAGUUGCACGUGUUGUUGACGCCAUGAUGAUUAUGAAGGUUCUCAAAGAAGAACCUCAAAUUGAGUUUAGUGGAGAGGAAGCUCUUGGUCGAUACUUAGACCUGCAUGAAUUAUAUUAUCAGUAUGUCAAUUCUAAGUUUGGAGAGCCACUUGAGUAUUCUGCAUAUCUUGAUGUUUUCUCAGACACAAAUAAGAUUCCCCGCAAAAUGAAAGUGACCAGACAGUACCGAGAAUAUAGUAAUCUUUUGGAGUAUCUAUAUAAUUUUUCCAGCGA